CGUACGGACCAUGCGUCUUAUAAAAAUCAGACCUGAUGUGAUUCAUUCCCUUGCAACUAUGCCAUAACGUUAGAUGUUUGCCUAUAAGCCUGACGGAUGUGUGUAUAUGGGCACAGUAAGCGUGUGAUUGACAUUAGCAGCAAGAUCUGCACAGCGCCUGAAGCUCUUGAAGGCAAGUUCAUAUGCUGAGGAGAGCCUGCCGUAGACAGCACCAGGAUUUAUCAUAUGAGUAAAUAGGUUGGACCCUAUAACAGAGCUGAAAAUAUUAAUGAAGUUUACUGAUUCGUUCACCUAUGCGUUUCACCUUGCUGAACUGACUCAUCCACGUGAGCUUUUGGGUUGGUGAAAGGGGAUUCUUGGAAGGAGCUAGGAUUCAUUUUAACGCUCAGCUGUUAAGAAGGCACAAAGUGACUGCCGUAUUGCUUCUCUGAUUCUGAAUUGUGAGCCUCCUCACACCUAUACGGAAUAUCUACUGUGUCAGCCGUUUCAGACUCUGUGGACAUGUGGCGGUGGUGUAUUUUGGCGCUGUGGAGUUUGGUUGUGAAUUUCGGCAUUCUACCAGUGGCUGCUCAGCACGAUCACCCGAGUGAGUGCACAUUUCCAAGAUUCGUCCAGAGUCCCAUGACACAGGAUGGCGAUCUGAUGCCCUGGAUAACACAGAGACUGUGGAAGGCGGACGGCUCCCGGUGGAUCACCCAAGUGGAACACAGAAUUAACAAAAACACCAUAGAUUCUCUACGGCGAAACGAAGCAGACUGUUCGGAUGGCAUAUGCAUCAGCACGGCGGAGCUUUACACGAGAGUCUGUCUGCAAAGCCAACACCAUAAUAAAUUCAUUGUAAGAGAAACGAAGAAACAGCGCCCAGGAGUCAAAGAAUAUAAAUGCAUGCAGUUUAUCAGACGGAGUGGUAUAGUGGUACAAGUCCGGACAGGAGUUGCGUGGUCGUCGAUAGACCAAGUCAAAUGCGACGAUGAUUCAUUGUCCGUGGACGCCGAUUAUGACUGGCCGUGGCUUGGGCCUAGACUGACGGAACAGUGGAUAGAGUGCCCGCUCAUUGGAGGGUUUGACUUCGUCACCACGGACAUUGCUAAGAGACAGAAAUUGUGUCCGACACAAUUCAUUCCGUCCAGAUUGGAGAGUGAAUGCAUUCAGGGAGAAGGGAUGGACUUUAUUUUCCCUACAGAAGAAUGCAAUCCUAUAUCCACCACGAAAGAGGAAAAGAUACACUGUUAUGCUAGUUGGGAGGACGAACACUGGAUGUACCUUAUCAUGAGCCAGCCAAGGCAGUUACCGCCUAAAUUUGCCAUGACUUUUCCAAAGACCAUAGGCGACGCGACCUUCACGGCGAACUUAUACGUCGGUGCCGUAGCACCCAUCGGAUCCACUGGUGUCCCUCCACGCAAUGUAACGCACCUGGAGAUGUCGAUGACCAGGACGUCCGCCGAGUUGUGUUUCGACGUCAAUCCAACGGACUGUCAAAAUUUCAAAUCUCUUGGAAUGUGCUCUGACCCAAAUUACAGUGAGCCUUGUAAGAAGAGUUGUAACCUGUGCGACCGAGCUCCAAAUCCAGCCCCUACCCAGAACCUAGCAGAAGACAUUCGGGGUCAGUGGGUGCAACAGGAAGUCAUUGAAAACUUUAACCUGAAUAUCAACCAAACACAUGUCCAUUCUCCUGAGCUGGGAACGUUCUCUUGUAUCGGCAAGAAGUAUGAAGGGCAAGAAUAUAAGAUGGUUUCAACUUUUGGCAAUGGAUGCCGUCCACGAUACACGUGUAUGUCCUUCAAGAGAGCUAACCCAAAUGUCCUCAAGUAUCGACUUUCAAAAAGCGUCAGAUCCGACGAACCACUAGAAACGAUCUGCAGUUUUUCCAACGACCCUGCUCCCCUGAACGCACUAAUCAGAAGUGCUUCUUUCAAAAAUCUAGUCGCUGCUGUGGAACGAGUUCCAGUUCCCUGUGGGUUGCCAGGCAAGACCCCCUUUGACGCCAUGUUCAAAGGCCGGGGUGCGUCAUGCACAGGACACGUAGGGGAGUACGACCAAACCACGUGCACGUCCAAUGAGACUUCACUAUGGCUGUUCUUGGACAAGAAAGGAGACUGUAGCGAGCCAAAAGGACUCGAUCAAGGAUUUACUUGUCUGGCACACCUAAAAGUGCCACAGAAAACAAGUGGAGAUGAUACUCUUAUUAUUACCGAGGACAAAAACAGAGCAUUUAACCAAAGCAGAUUUAGGUGCUGGGUGUUAACGAACUAUACAGGCUCUGGACCAACAGACAGAAAAGGACCAGUAUUGUAUCAAAUGCCCUCUCCACAGUGUGACGAGGGAACGCGGAGAGAUGUCACGAUAAGUGACACACAGUCGGCAUCAUAUUACCUAGAUUUAGAAAACCGGUCAAAUCCAACAAACCAAUCAUACUGCAAGACGGCUACUAAGGUCAACUCGAAAGGUGGAGCCACCAGCAUAAGCCAGACGAUGAUUAGUCAAAGUUUCGUUUAUUUAGUUUUAAUAUUGUUUCUACGCUGUUUUCAUUAAAAUGAUGUAAAGAUGGAAAGUAACAUUUGAUAAGUCCGUGUGCAGGGGAGUGAAAUAAAGUUUACAGAUAUCGUCACGUACGAGAAAGUUUUGUACGGAUAAUUCUUGUACAUGCAGUGAGUAACUGCUUAAGUAGGUAGCUUUAGAAUUAGGGAGAAAUGUGCGUGUGUGAACUAAUUAAAAUUCUUAAUAGACAGAUGUACCGUUUAAUGUGUAAAAUAGAAAGAAGUAUGAGUCAGUUCUUCUUUUAACAAGCAAAUAAACCUUUCUGUUCUUUAGAAAUACUGGAAUCGCCUGUACAGUAUGUGUUUAAAGUUCAUUCCAACAUGUGUCAAUUAAAUCACCCAGCGAGCUUUAUCACUGCUCAUUUUUUAAAAAAUUCUUUAUAUGGCCAAUACUUAAGGUGAGGCUUGAUUUGUUAUGUCCUAAAAGUAUGAACAUUGUUAGUCCAGAAUGCAACAAAAACAACUCUGGAACCGUGCGUGGUUCCACUCACGUGAAUGUAGCAAGAAUGUAGGUGCCAGAAGUGACAACAUUCAUCGGAGAUUGAUUAAGAAAUAGAAGUGUAUCUGUUAUUUAACUGUGAUGUAAAUGCCCCAUGCUCUCAACUGUCUAGAAGCGUUGUGUAAUUUAUGUUAACCGACUCCUUUACGAUAGCCAAUUCCAACUCCCAAUGGACUUCAGGGUUGCCACCAACAAAUGUGCAGGCAUUGGUUAUCAUGUUAUGUAUAAAUUAAGAACACAUAAAAGGUGACCCACGGUUGAAUCAAAACCAGGUUUAGGAACCAGGGUAUUGUGAUUACCUGAUGAAAGUGAAAUAUCUACAUGUGUCUUCCUUUUCGAAAACUCAAAUCGUUCCUGAAAUGCACCAUUUGUCCUAAUGUUUAGUGGCAUUUCUCUGGCUUAAAGCAAAAAUAGUCGGAUUCAUAAACGUUUGCAAAGAUAUGGUACUGGUAGAUGUACACGAAACGACACAAUGGAAUAAUUGUAAGACAUUUGUUCCAUAUUUCAAUGUGUAUUGCCAUGACAAAUUUAGUAAAAUCAACUGUGUCUAUAAAACAGUGGAUGUCCGCCUAUUUAUUUAUUUAUAUGUUAUCGUUGCUAAUGGACGCCCUUGUAAUAACUUGCUGAUUGUAAAUAUUUAGUAAGCAUUUCAUACUUACGGUGCUCGCUUAUUAUUGUUCAUCAUUUUAUCUUCACAACGUUGUUUUACGUUUAGUUAUGUAAACGUAACGUACACUGGUAAAAUACCAACGGUUUUAAUUUGGGCCAGCUUUAAAGUUAGAUAUACAUGUGCAAUGUAAGAAAUAUAAAUGUAUGCUCGUUAUUAUUAAGUCACUUAUUACUCCGUUUUGUUCAGCAAACAACACGCAUUAGAACCACCUUCUCGUUUAUUUCUUGGUAGAGAAAAUGUCAGCGGCAGUCCAUCUGAACUAGGACUCAGUAUUGAGUUCUAGAUCUAAAGGAGAUUUGUGGAUCGAUUGUCGGACAGUUGACUGUCUUUGAAAUCAAAUACUACCAAACUUGAGCUUACUGUAGCACCACUGCAUAACUUUCAAAUAACAAGUUGACACGGUCCAAGACAACCGCACAAAUUUAAUUUAAAGUAUACACAAAAUUGUGUUAGAUUUAUGUUAUGUAAGACCACAACGUUUGUAUCGUUGAGGGUGUUUUAAAUGAAAAUUUCACGUUUUAUUGGAAUAUAUUUACGUAUAAGUGUCGUACACCACGUCGUUAAAAAUGGACAUGAACAGUAAAUGAGAAAUAACAAGAAAGAAAGAAAUCGCCGCCAACGACGAUUUGGUUCUUUGUACUACCUAAUGGUUGCAUGCAAUACGGUGUAUGAAUUGAAAAGGUGCUAUCACAUCCAAUAAUGAAAGAUUGACAAGGACAAAAUGAUGAGAAAAGUGUAUAUAUUUUCUAUCUUCGCCAUUUAAUACAUUUAAGUAAAUAUUGUAAGUUGUGUUAUAAACGUGUAAUAAAA